AUGAAGGUACAAUUUGUAUUCUCUUUCUUCUUGUUCAGCACUGUAGUGUUUGGUUCAACGAUUCCAGGGUUUAACUCUAUCCAUAAGCAAAAGAAUGCUAAAAGAGAUGCUAAUCUUAUUGAUACCGUGUACAAUAAUCUCCCUUUGCCUGAUACUGACUGGAUAAAUAGGCAUUUGCCUAAUUUGACUAAUGCUACAGGAAAUCUGUGUGCCAAAUGUAAAAAUAAGCUCAAGUAUGCGCAAACAUUACUACACCAAUACCCAGAAAAGGACCACUUGAUAUCUCUUUUGCUUUACAAAUAUUGUCUUGUACUGAACAAGAAUAAGGAAUCAAAGUGUGACAACAUCGAGUUCUUCGUCACAACUACCUCUUCGGAUUCAACAGUUAAGUCGGACUACUACGACGGAGGUGUCAAUGGUGUCACUAGUAUCAAUUUCUAUGAUAAUGACUUCUUACGUGUGAUUAAAGCUCUUAAUACUUCCUCAGAUUUGGAUUUGACCUAUUACUGUUACUACAAAAACAGUGUAUGUACUUUACCUGAGACUCCAGACCUCGAGAAGCUUUACAACUUUCUGUCUUAUUUACCAGCUAAACCUGAAAAGGCUUUGUCUGCUCCAGUAUACAACGGAACAAGAGAGUUAUUUAAUGUUUUGCACAUUUCAGAUUUCCAUAUCCAAUUGAGAUACACAGUUGGUACUGAAUCGAAUUGCUCUUCGACGCCUUGUUGUUUACCAGAAUCCUAUAAUUCUGACUUGAACUACAAUGAUUACAAUUUUACGGAAGGUUAUUCAAUUUUAGGAAAUACUAAGAAAGAUUUCGAAUAUUCGUUUUAUCCUGAUGCCCACUAUGCUGAUAAUGGAACGUACAUUAAAGGUGACUACUAUGAUCUUCCAAAGGGUAGAGGUUAUAAUGCUGAAUCUUUGCCUGCUUCUACUUUUGGAGCUUACUAUUGUGAUGCUCCAGAAGUUUUAUUAAACAAUACCUUAAAACACAUUGGCUCAAUUACACAAGACAAGAACUUUGAGUUUGCUAUCUUCACUGGUGAUUUAGUAGAUCAUGAUGUAAUUCACUGUGAUGCAAACACUACUAAAACAGCCGAAAUCAAAUCAUUCCACCUCAUGAAGUAUUUUCUUAAGCAAAUCCCAGUUUACCCUACGUUAGGAAAUCAUGAUACAUUUCCGUACGGUCAAUUAACUCCAGCUUCAAUGAAUUACAACCAGUCCUACAAUUGGAAUGACGAAUUGAUGUCAAAGUUAUGGAUCAAUAAUGGUUGGUUGAAUGAGACUAAGGCCGACUUCCUCAAGAAUCACUACUCUGGUUUCUCCACAGUAACUUCAAGAGGUUUGAAAGUCAUUGCAUUGAACUCUAAUUGUUAUUACCAGAAAAAUCUUUGGGCUUAUGUGAAUUUAACCUCAAACUAUGACAUUUUCGGUCAAUGGCAAUUCUUAAUUGAUGAAUUAACUGAAAGUGAAAGCAAGGGACAAAGAGUCUGGAUAAUGUCACAUAUCCCAUCCUCUGAUUAUGACGCUUUGCCAAUUCAAUCUGCUAUUUUCCAAAAAAUUGUUGAAAGAUUUAGUCCUUACACCAUUGCAAACAUCUUUUACGGACACACUCACAGAGAUCAGUUUAAGAUUUUAUACUCUUCAAAUAGUACUGAUGUGUCUAGUGCUAUUCAAAUGGCAUGGGUUUCGCAAUCUGUUACUCCAGAUGUUGAAAAUAAUCCAUCAUGGAGAUAUUAUGAGGUUGAAGAUAAAUCUUUCAACAUUAUCAAUUCAUAUAAUUACUACACCAAAUUGAAUGAAACUUUUACAAACGGUGGAGCAGAACCAGUUUGGAAUUUUGAGUAUUCAGCAAGAGAUACGUACGAUACAGAAGGUACAUGGCCAACAGAUGCACCUCUUAAUGCUACCUUUUGGCACACUUAUGUUGCUAGUAAAUUAAAGAAUCAAACUGACAUCGAGUUCAAUCAGUUGUAUUCUAACCUACAAUACAGAAUUUCUCCUUACGUUCCAGAUUGCGCAAAUGGAACUAAGGUAUCAGAUACAUGUCGUCAUGAAAAUUGGUGUGAUGUUUCAUCCUUCCUAUCAUACGACUAUGUAAAAUGUUCUAAUAGUUAA